AUGAACCAACACCAGCAGUUGUUAUUUUUGUUGGGAGUAGUGUGUCUAACGACUGCCGACGUCCUCUCGUCUACCAAGGAAAACUUAGACACCGAAAUCAUAUCCUCUCGAGAAGUCUCCCGGAGCGAACUACCACCCCAGAGCGAACCAUUAUCCCAAGUCAAACUUCCAUUACGAGACGAGCCUUCAUCACAGAACCAACUUUCAACUCGAACUCAACAUACGACCCGAAUAGAAAAUUCUAGUCGCAUCCCUUGCAGCAGUAGUAGUAUUAGAAACGAAGACGUCAACGAGUGCACGGUACCCGCUUCGACUACCGUUAGCGUUGCAUCAGUCACCAACGGACUUCGCGAUCGAGUGAUACAGCUGACUAAUGAGCUUAGCAAAGCGGUCGCCGCGAUGAAUAUCGCUCAGCAACGCGAACGAAAGCUGGCUGUGUUGGAGAGAGAGAAAUACAACUAUGUGAAAGCGGCGUCGGAGAAGGUGCUAGGCUUGGUAGAUAACGUGCGGCACGCCGAGAACGUACAAGCCGCUGACACGUAUCGGGAACGACAGGUCCAGCAGCGGCUGGCUCGCACCCACCGGACGCUGGGUAGAUCGCGCCGCCGGUUGCAAGUGAUCCACCGACUGUUGGCCGGCGCAGAAGUGGGCCUGGUGCACUUGGAGAGCAGCAAGAUGCUGAGCAAGUGCAGCGCGGAUAGCAUGAAACCACAGGACACGCAGCAUAGCGCCAAGUCACCGUCUUUGAAUCACGCAUUGGACGUGUAA